UUGAUUAUUUUGUUUUUUCUCUCCUGUCCAGUGCGAGGAUGCCGUCCAGGAAAGAUAGUCCAGAUGACCGAAGCAGAGGUUCGGGGCCUCUGCAUCAAAUCCAGGGAGAUCUUCCUCAGCCAGCCCAUCCUGCUGGAGCUUGAGGCUCCCCUGAAGAUUUGUGGUGAUAUUCAUGGGCAGUACACAGAUUUACUGAGGUUGUUUGAAUAUGGCGGCUUCCCUCCUGAGGCAAACUACCUCUUCCUGGGCGACUACGUGGACAGAGGGAAACAGUCCCUGGAAACCAUCUGUCUCCUGCUGGCCUACAAGAUCAAAUACCCAGAGAACUUUUUCCUGCUCAGGGGCAACCAUGAGUGUGCUUCCAUCAACCGCAUAUAUGGCUUCUAUGACGAGUGCAAGCGCAGGUUCAACAUUAAGCUGUGGAAGACCUUCACCGACUGCUUUAACUGCCUCCCCAUUGCUGCCAUUAUCGACGAGAAGAUCUUCUGUUGCCACGGGGGGCUUUCUCCUGAUCUGCAGUCCAUGGAGCAGAUUCGCCGGAUCAUGAGGCCAACAGAUGUGCCUGAUACAGGUCUGCUGUGUGACUUGUUGUGGUCAGACCCAGAUAAGGACGUGCAGGGCUGGGGAGAGAACGACCGUGGGGUGUCCUUUACCUUUGGGGCAGAUGUGGUCAGUAAGUUCUUGAACCGCCAUGACUUGGACCUCAUCUGCCGAGCCCACCAGGUUGUGGAGGAUGGAUAUGAGUUCUUUGCCAAACGCCAACUUGUCACACUCUUCUCUGCUCCAAACUACUGCGGGGAGUUUGAUAAUGCAGGCGGCAUGAUGAGUGUUGACGAGUCCCUCAUGUGCUCCUUCCAGAUCCUCAAGCCCUCGGAGAAGAAGGCCAAGUACCAGUACGGUGGUGUCAAUUCUGGUCGGCCUGUCACCCCACCCCGCACCACCCAAGCACCCAAGAAGAGGUGA